AUGAGAUUCAACAAGGGAGCUAAAGUGGAAGUGUUGAGCAAAUCAUCGGUUCCAUCUGGUGCUUGGCGAUCUGCAGAGAUACUAUCAGGGAAUGGGCAUUAUUACACUGUAAUGUACGAUAGUGAUGAAGCUACGGAGAGGGUACCGAGGAAGAGUAUGAGGCCUGAGCCUCCUCCUUUACAGGUUCUGCAUUCUUGGUCUCCUGGUGACAUUCUUGAGGUUUUCGAAAGUCGUUCGUGGAAGAUUGCAAUCGUUUCCAAGGUUUUGGAGAGAGAUCGUUUCUUGAUCAGGUUGCUUGGUUCCUCACUGAAGAUCAGGGCAAACAAAUCCGAUAUUCGGAUUAGACAGUCUUGGCAAGAUAACGAGUGGAUCAUGAUCGGAGGACAGGGUACAUCGAGGCUAAGCGGACAGACUUCAAGGAGAGAGAUGAAUCCGAAAGGCGAGUUUUUUUCUUUUAAGAGCAAGCACAAGCUUGAUGAGUCUGAUGUACUCUCGCCAAAAGGUCCAAAGAAACGGACCUACUCUUUGGUUGAACCAGACAAUCAAACUACAGAAGGAAAAAAGAAUGGCAGAUUAGGUAGAGCUUUAGCUGUUUCUCCGCCAAAGUUUCACAAAGGAAAAAAGGAAAAAGAAGAAGAAGAAGAAGAAGAUAGAGAGAGUGUUGCUUCUUCUGUUGGUAGUUGUAGCAUGGAUAUGGAUGGUCUCGGUGCUGUUUCUUCCAGUCCCAUAGAAACGGGUAACUCCAGUGACACAGAGUCAUCUUCUUGUGGCUACGGAAGCAUCAAGAUCAAGAUGUUGGGAGUUCCAAGAAGAGGCUCAGAGGCUGCCGAUGUUCACAGGUUAGAGUUGGAUGCAUACCGUUGCAGUAUCGAGAAACUGCACGCAUCGGGGCCAAUCAUAACAUGGGAACAAGAAACGUGGAUCACAAAUCUCCGUCUGAGACUGAACAUUACAAAUGAGGAACAUCUGAUGCAGAUAAGAAACCUCAUCUCUGAUGAUAACAGCACAACAUACAGAUAG